AUGCGAGCACAGGCCCCGGAGGCACGUGGAGGGCCAGGGCAGUGCCGCGGCUUUGCGGUGUCCCCAGCCGCGAAAGGUUUCCAACAGGACAUGAAGAUGAAGCGGUUCAUGGCCAUGUUAAACACGAAUAAAAGCGAGGAUCCUCCACCUGCCGAGUUGCUGGAUCUAGCAGCACAGCUCUGCCAGGCCCACCAGAGCUCCUCUCCUAGUCUGGAGAAGCUGGUCAGGGCCAUGAUGGGAUGCAGACAUGAGAUGUAUUUUCUCACUAACAUCCAUGUUGUCCGCGCUUUUGUGUCUGUCUACCUUCGUCAGGGGCAUCACGAUACAGCCUGCAGGCUCCUGGAGAAUUGCAAGGCAGAAGAGAAGGAGCAGCUGGUGCAGCUUUGGCAUGAGAUUCACUACCAGAAGGCUAUGGAGAAGCAGCAGGUGGAUUUUCUGACCCCACUGCAGAAGUUCCGUUGCAGGAAGAGGAAUCCUCCACCGCUGUCCCUGUGUCCAGGAGGCCUGAAGACUCGAAGCUACUCAGAUGACGUUCGGCGGCAGCUGCGCAGCUUCGCCACAGGGGUGACAGCAAACCCAGACAGGAAGCAGCGGGAGGAGUUGGCUAAGGACAUGAACCUGCAGCCAGCUCAGGUCUAUAACUGGUUUGCAAAUUACCGACGCCGUCAGAAGGCCUGCCCCGCUCCUGUGGAACAGCUCAGUGGGCCCUGCCCCAGCGGGGCUCUCACUUGCUAUCUCAGGGAGGAGCAGGGUGAAGGAUCCUACACUCCACAGGCUGCAGAUGGAUCUUGUGUAGGCAUCGGCUCUGAGCAAUUGGAGAUAACCCUCAGGCCCUGUGACCCAGGGUGGGAGCUGUCAGCUGCAGAUCUGGAUAAGCCUCCUGAAGGAACAUAUUUAAAGAUGCUAGAAUCCAGGUGA